AUGGAAUUGACUGCUGAAGUAGCUGUUACUGAUGACACUAAUGUUCAGGUUUUAAAUAGGAAACUGGAGCUAGAUCGAGUUUAUUCUAAAUUAGGUGAAAAGAUUACCAGAAUCUUUCGAGACUACAUGACAAAGGUUACCGAGUUUGAGGAGCUAGCUGAUGUGGGGAAGAGGUUUCUUACUGGAUUUCACAGGGUAACAGCAAUGUUUAGGACAGUUGAACUUCAGAAGACUUCAAACAACAUCAGUAGGAUAAUUGAUGCUAACUGGAAUGAACAUAUGAAAACUUAUGUUGAAGCAGGGUGCAAACAACAGUCACAAAGUGUUCAAAAUAUGUAUAAUUGUAAGUUGUUACCAUUCAUGCAAACGAAACUGGCUUCUGAAGCUUUGUUCAAUGAACUUGAUUGCCUAAAGGAACAUGCAAUUGCUGCAACAGAAGCAGCAACCAAGAGUGUUACGGCUUUGGAUGACUCUUUUUGUGAAGAAAUGUUAAAAGAUAUUUCCUUUGAGGAAGAAAAGGAACCAUUGCCCAAGCAUCCUCAAGAUACAUCAAUAUCAGAAGUCAUGCUAAUGAAGAUCAUCAGUGAUAUGUUGAAACUCGACUAUGCCAUGCAGAAAAAUAUUGUUUUGAACUUGAACAUUGGGACAAGUGUAUCUGAACUAGAAGGCUAUUGUCUCAUGUGGAAUCUGCAUCCAUACAUAGAUGAUGACAUUAUACAUCGGGCAUGGCGAUAUGUUCCCUCUCAUGAUCAGAGUUCGCGUUCAUUGCCAACUUGUGAUGCCCUCACGGGUUAG